ACUGACCGUUUAAGCAGGAAGCAACUGCAAAGAAGCUCUAAGUCACGUGAUCGUAAUAUAGUGUAUCGAAGACAUGGCGGACAAAGAGGAAACUGAGAGAACCAUCGCCGAAGACAUCGUUGUCACCAAGUAUAAAAUGGCUGGUGACAUCGUAAAUCGGGUAUUAAAACAAGUUUUAGACAAAUGUGUCACUGGAGCAUCAGUAAGAGAAAUUUGUGAGUUUGGAGAUAAACUGAUAUUGGAUGAAACUAGCAAGGUGUUUAAGAAAGAAAAAGAGCUGAAGAAGGGAAUUGCUUUUCCUACAUGCAUAUCUGUCAACAAUUGCAUAUGUCACUUUUCACCAAUUGCUAGUGAACCAGAUCUCAUACUCAAAGAUGAAGAUAUGGUAAAAGUAGAUCUUGGAGCACAUGUUGAUGGCUUCAUAGCAGUUGUGGCACAUACAAUUGUUAUAGGUUCUUCACCACAAAAAAAAGUUACUGGUAGAAAAGCAGAUGUAGUGUUAGCCGCACACUAUGCUUCACAAGCUGCACUAAGGCUCUUACAGCCAGGUACAGAGACUUACACGAUAACCGAAACAGUAGAAAAGAUUUGUGAUGUAUACAAAUGUAAACCAAUUGAAGGAAUGUUAAGUCAUCAAUUGAAACAAUUUAAAAUAGAUGGAGAAAAAACUAUUAUUCAAAAUCCAAAUGAUGCACAGAAGAAAGAACAUGAAAAAUAUACUCUUGAAGCUUAUGAGGUAUAUGCCAUGGAUGUGUUGGUUAGUACUGGUGAAGGAGUAGGUAGAGAACAGGACACUCGGGUUACUAUAUUUAAAAAAACAGAGGAAACAUAUCAACUAAAACUGAAAGCGUCACGAAUGUUUUACUCUGAAGUCACUCAUAAACAUGGUCUUAUGCCAUUUAAUUUACGUACUUUUGAAGAUGAGAAAAAGGCAAAAAUGGCUGUUGUGGAAUGUGUAAAUCAUAGGCUGAUUGAACCAUUCCAAGUGUUGUACGAAAAACCAAAUGAAUUUGCUGCACAAUUCAAAUUCACAGUACUAUUAAUGCAUAAUCGACAACACAAAAUUACAGGAAUUCCUUUAGAUCUAGACAUUUAUCAAUCUGAAUAUGCUGUUAAAGAUCCCGAAUUGAAGACCCUUUUGUACACCUCGGUAAAUCCGAGGACUGCAAAGAGGAUGAGAAAAAGAGCGGAGAAAGCUGCAGGUGAAGUGGCAAUGGAAGUUGAUGCCAAGGCCUAACACAACCGUUUUAGCGUACUCUAUGACGUAUUAACAUCGUGCACAUUGCGUUAUCCUUUGUUGAACAGCUUCAGAGCAGAAAUUAGACACUUUUCAACUUUAUACCUUAAAUACUUGUAUUUUUGUUGAGACGCAAUUGAUAAAUUGUGAUUCUCCAUAUCGUUAUAAUUUUCUCGCAUCUAUAUUGCCAUUUGUUUAAUUACAUAACUGUAUUUCCGUGAAAAAAGUGUCGAAUUCUGCCCUGAAUGAACCGGACUUUACGACACUUAUUAUGCCAUCACUUAUUGACACUUACGUUUUUCUACCAGACUAUUUUUUCAUGGACCAUGGUAUUAUUAUACAUUGAACAAUGAUUAUUUAUAAGACAUUUUACAGCUAAUGUAUUUCAUGUCAAAUACGGAAAACUCUUUCGUAAAUAAUGGUCGGAACAUAAUGAUUAUGUUAUGUGGCUUGAAUCGAUUGAGAAAAGGAGUAAAUCGCACGUGCAUUCAUAUUCAAUGUUUCUCUUUCAGAGUAGAAUCCAAUAAAAUAGAAUUUUGAGUUUGUAAAUGUUUUUGAAUUAUGGAAAAAAAUUGUCCGAUAUUAAUUAUGUUAACUAUUUUAAUAGAAUCAUAGUUCAUACGUUCUACAGUUUUUGAAUGCACUGCCGAACGCAACGCAACUUAUUUUGACAUGCUGGUUUUGCACUAGCUGAUUUUAUGCAUCUCGUCUCUAGUGAAUGAAUAAUUCAUACUAUAAAAAAAAAAAAAAAAAAUGUCUGAUUUUGAAUUGUAUAAUUGGAAUGAGAAUGUCUACAUUGGAAUUCCGUAUAAACAAUGAAAUGCCAAUGAACCUCGAA